AAAGCCAGCAGUGGGCGGGGCCAAUUGGGGAAGGGGCGGGGCCCGAGGAGAGAGAUAUCGCUUUGCAAAGCGGUUGCAGCCGAGGAGUGCGCGCCAAGCGCAGGAGCGACUCUUUGGGUGUCUUCCGAAGGGGGCGCGGGGCGUUUUUUUUCCGCGUGCGUGAAAGACAAAAGAGCCUCGGCGUCCUCGGGCGAAAAGCGGGGAACGGUCGAGGCGACUCCCCUUCGCUUUCCAUGGCUACUGCACAGCGAGCGAGCUGCGUCUCCUACAAAAUCUUCCUUUUCGCUCUGCUGGAGGCCCUGCCUGCCUUUGCUGAGAUUCACUGCAGUAGCCCGCAAGGGUGCAGUCAGCAGGGAACCAGUUGGACAAGCCUGUGGUAUGUCUGGCUCAUCCUGCUCACAGUGUUUCUGCUGCUGCUGUGCGGCAUAGGGGCCAGCUGUGUCCGGUUUUGCUGCCGUAAGAAGAGGCCCCCGAUUCAGACUUUUCCGCCUCACGCCCACGACCUCACCAUCAUCCCCAUGGACCACGACAGCACCGCCCACAGCACCGUCACCUCAUACAGCUCUCUGCAGUAUCCUCAGAACCUCCCUCUUCCCCUGCCCUUCAGAGAGGUGGAUAGGAGUAUGGCGAGCCCUCCGGCGUACAGCCUCUAUGCCAUUGAAAUGCCGCCAUCUUACGACGAGGCCAUCAAGAUGGCCAAGCCCUGCACUGAGACUCCAGUUGUUGUCCAGAAACUGGACAGCUGCACCUCGGAACAAACAGCCCCUGAGGAACAAAGUCAGCCUCAGACGACGCCGGAAGCGUCGUCAAAUGACAACCCUGAGACGCCGUCAAACAACAACCCCGAGACGCUGUCAAACGACAACCCUGAGACAUUCUCAAACAACAACCAUGAGGCAGUACACGGAGGCCCUGGGGUUCCGGAAGCUUCCACAGAAGAGCAGCCGCAACCGUAGCCCAGCCCAGUGGGAAGAACUAUUGGGCAUGAGAAACCUGACUGUGUAUGUACUUGGUUAGCCUGGAGAGAGUCAGAAGAGACCUGUUACACGGAAGGAAUGUCUGCUGCCGCUUGUUAUAACUUUCCAUUGACGUUUCAAGGGUACCGAAGGGAACGGCAGGUUAAAAAUACCGCUCUCUGCAUGCGAGUGUGAAAAACGAUGCUCUGGACUUAAUAUGGCCGUGGAGACGGGGUGGGGGCGGAGAAGAGCUGCUCUUGAAAGGACACCAUGUGACCAGGCAAGGGGAAAUGGCCGCUGGUUGGGCUUCAACAGAGGCCUGUUCCCCUUGUGGUGAGGUGAAGAAACGAGGCAAAACCGAAUACAGGUUCUUGCUGCCUUCUUCUGAGAAGAUUGAACUAUCCAGCAAAUUGCUGAAGUACUGGGUUCGUUGCUAUGUAACGGCAGACGACCUUUGACUCCGAUGGUUGUUUUAAUGCUCCAUGUUUUAUCUGUAGGUAGAGGGGGGU